AUGGAGAACUACGUCCCAAUACGGGUGUUGGGCAAAGGAAGUUUUGGCUCGGCCUGGCUCGUGCAACGGCGCAGUGAUCGGGUACAGUUUGUUGCGAAGGAGGUGCGCCUUCUUGGGAUGAAACCUGGGGAGCGGGAAAGUGCAAAACACGAGAUUGACGUCCUGCGCACCCUCAAUCACCCCAACAUCACCCGCUACGUGGACCACUACGAGCGAAACGGUUCGCUUUAUAUUGUGAUGGAGUACGCCAACGGUGGCGAUUUGUAUACCAAAAUUAGGAGCCGUAAGGGGGCACGUUUCACAGAAAGGGAGAUUUUGCAUUACUUUUCCCAGCUUUGUCUCGCGCUUCUUCACCUGCAUGAGCGUCACAUUUUGCAUCGGGACCUUAAGACCCAGAACGUCUUCUUGACGAAGGAUGGAGUGAUAAAGUUAGGGGACUUUGGCAUCAGCGCCGUCCUGCGGAACACCUUUGAGCUGCGACGAACGGUGUGUGGGACACCCUACUACUUCUCCCCCGAGCUUUGCCUCAAUAAGCCGUACAACAACAAGAGUGAUGUCUGGGCGCUGGGAUGCAUCUUGUACGAACUCACAACACUCACGCACGCCUUUGAUGGAAAUAAUAUGAAGGCGCUCGUGCAGAAAAUCCUAAAGGGGAUGUAUCCCCCAAUACAUAGCAGUUACUCGCAGAAUCUCUCCACGUUGAUUUCUACCAUGCUGCAGAUUGACCCAAGGUUGCGUCCCAACGUUAGUCAACUUAUUCUCCUUCCAUAUAUUCGUGACUCUCUGUCGAGUCUGCAGAGAGCUGUGCAGGUUGCCCAUCACGAUCAUAAACCGUUUGGACCACAGGGAGGAAAGGAGGAGCCUGUCCACCCGCCGUCACCGCCAUCGUCACCGCAGGAAAGGAUGCAACAAGCCGAGGACCGACGGAGGGACGAACAGGCGAAGACGAUGAAAUUGGCGAGGGAGCGACAACAGUUGCGGCAGCAACUGGAGCAGCGACAACGCGAGAACGAGGAGCGGUUGCGGCAAAUACAGGUGCACCAGCGGCAGGCCGAAAUAGAACGCAAUCAGCGGAAAAAAGAGUUGGAGGCACGUAUACGCGAGCAACGACGAGAAGCAGAGAAACGCGCCAAGGCGCAUGCCAUCGUUUACAAACAACGAGAAGAGGAAUGGGAACGCAACUUGCGGGAACAGGUAGAGGAGUACAAGCACAGGCAGCGUGAAGAGGAACGUCUUGCACGCGAGAGAGCGGGGCAGGGUGCUCUUCGUGAGAGGCUUCUCAAGAACGAUCCCACCAACAACAACAAUGAGAAGUGUAAUGGGGACCUUGAGAUGCACGCGCCCGCAGUUUCCGCCAAUGCCGUGGAGUUGUAUCGGGAGAUGCGGCGUCAGGCUGCUCUGAACAAGCAGCGUGUGCUGGAAGACAUGAGGGGGUUACCGGAGCGUGUGGAUCCGCCUGUCGUUUCCGUUGCGGAGGGGAUGAAGCACGUGCCUCAAGCCUUGCUAGAGCCUUCACCGCAUGCUCGGCAGCAUCAUAUUAACUCGUUGGGGAAGAUGGAACCAGCGGAGGCGGAGGAGGUGCGGCGUCAGGUGUACUGGCAAAUGCGACGUGAGGCUCAAGAGAAUAAGAGACGAGUACUUGGCCUUGAAGAGGCUUUAGGCGUAGCGCUGCCAAAGCACCUAGCACCAUUGCCACAUCCGCCACAAGUAGCACCGCAACAGGAGCCAAGGCAGGAGCAACAGCGCGAGCAACAUCAGGAAGCACCGCCGCCACCACAACAGGAACAGGAGCAGGAGCAGAGACAACCAUUGGAGGAAUCUGCGGAGGAAGGAGAAGUGGUGGUGUGUGCAAGGCCUCUAGUGGAGAACGGGGCGCCUUGUGCUCCGACACCCUCGACGGCUGCAGAGGAGGAACCUGGCUGCACAUCCGCAAAUGGUGAGACAGCGACACCUGAAGGCGACAGUGCAGGGAAGAAGCGGGAUGAGGACUACAGCGCUCUGCAAACUGCUAUUGACGCUGCAUUAACGCAAGAAGAGCAGCGUGCGGAGGUGAAGGACUUUAAUGAUGAGGCCUUCUUCGACGCAGACCCGUCAAAGUUUAUGCUGGAUGGACAGACACUUGUCCUUCCAAAUGUGCAAGCAACGGAUCCACUGAUGCAUCGCAUCGAAUCACUUCGUUUGUUCCUUGAGGGCCAGUUGGGCGAGUCUGCACUGAUAGCCUCGUACCGUCAAAUGAACAACAUAACCGCGGACGAUGACGAGGCGAUGCAGCGUGUGGCAGACAUGCUUCCGGAGGAGAAACAAAAAUUUAUUCCUCUAAUUGGACAACUGAUUGUGUGCGAGGAUGCAUUUAAUCGUCAGCUUCUACAGUAG